AGAGUUAAAUCAGUUAGAUAUGUUAUUGUUUUAAUACAGCAUAUGUAAACUGCAAACAUUGACAGUGCUGGUGCUAUGGAUGACAUAUGUAAUGAACAAGUGGAAAAUUAUCUGCAGGCCAAACAAAAACUCAAUGAACAUUAUGUAUCUAUAAAAAGAUUGCUUCUACCUUUUCAAAAUUAUUCAACUGGUUUGUUCUCUUGUUCAUCUGAGUGUUACAUUCGAGAUAGCAUCUACUGUAGUGUAGCAGUGUGGUCACUUGCAUUGGCAUAUCGCAGAAUUGAUGAUGAUAAUGGUCGUACAUACGAACUUGAACACGUUGCAGUGAAAUGCAUGAGAGGUGUAUUGUAUUGUUAUAUGAGGCAAGCUUCUAAGGUGGAAAAAUUUAAAGUAAACCAGAAAGUUGAUGCAGCUUUGCAUUCCAAGUUUGAACAUGAAACAGGAGAUGCAAUCAACAAGAACCACCAACACUUACAGCUUGAUGUGGUUGCAAUGUUUGUCCUUUACCUUGUACAAAUGACAGAGUCAGGGCUACAGAUUGUUUUUAACACUGAUGAAGUGGCAUUUGUGCAAAACCUGGUUUACUAUUUAGAAAGAUCUUACAGAGUCCCAGAUUUUGGGUUAUGGGAGCGUGGUAGUAAAUAUAACAACGGUAGCUGCGAGCUUCAUGCUAGUUCUGUUGGUGCAGCCAAAGCAGCUUUGGAAUCAGCUAAUGGUUUCAAUCUGUUUGGUAAGCAAAGGGGAGCCCCAUGGUCAGUGCUAUGGGUGGAUAUUGACGCGCAUAAUAGGAAUCGUACUGUCAUGGACUCAUUGCUACCAAGAGAGUCUAAUUCAAAGAAUACAGAUGCAGCGUUAUUACCAACCGUGUCUUUCCCAUUCUUUGCCGUCGAUCAAGAGGAAUUACGAAGCGAAACAAUUGAAACUUUGACUUCAAAGUUAGAAGGUCGUUACGGUGUCAAAAGAUUCCUGGGUGAUGGGUAUAAGACGGCAGUUGAAGACACCUCUCGUGCUCAUUAUCAACCUGCCGAGAUCAAAUUAUUCAACAACAUUGAAUGCGAGUGGCCAAUUUUCUUUGUUUACCUCAUCAUAGAUGGAAUAGUGCAUGAUAAACCAAACCAGAUAAAAAUGUAUUUGGAAAAGUUGAAGCCGUUAUUAAAGGUUAGAGAUGAUGGCUUAGAAUUAUUGCCAAGAUUUUUUUACGUGUCAGAAGAACACUUGGAAGCACAUAGGAGAAAUCCAGGCACCGGAGAAAAACUUUGCAGUUUUGGUAUUUUUGAAGAACCACCAGUGUUUUUAUGGGGACAAGCUGUACUUACUAUUGCAAAUUUAUUAUUGGAUCAACUGAUUACACCUCGAGACCUUGAUCCUAUUCGUCGAUAUCUACCCGCUGUCGAGCGACACAAAGUGAGCAUGAGGUACUCCACGUUUGCGGGCGUAAUAAGCGACACAGUGAUACAGAUUUCGUUAAUUUCUGAAAGCAAGCACCUUCAGUCUAUAUUAUCAACUUAUGGAAUCUCCACCCAAACCCCAGACCAGGUAGAACCAAUUCAGAUCUGGCCUUCCCAGGAAUUAGUGAAGGUUUACCAGCACCUUGGUGCAAAUGAAAAACUUGGAAUAUCUGGAAGACCUAAGCGACCUAUUGGUGCUUUAGGGACCUGUAAAGUAUAUCGCGUACAUGGUCGUACAGUGGUCUGUUACCCCCUUAUGUUUGAUAUUGGUGAUUUCUACAUGGCGUUCGACACUCAGACAUUAAUUGAUGAACUUCAACAUUCCCUGCAGUUUGUGAGUCAAUACUGGAGGAUGCCAAUGCGUCCUCUCUUUAUCUUCCUUCUCAGGGAAGACACAACGCAGGAAAAUCGUCUUGGUCCAAUCUUGGAGGUGUUGAGUGCUUUCAAACAAGGCCAAUGGGACGGAAUCAAAGUAUGUUUGGGUCGUGUUCAAUCAUUCAUUGCUUCUUCUGUGGUUGAGCAUUUGGAGUUUGUAAAACAUCAAGAUUCCACACAAAUGGAUGAGGAAUUGUUGAAACCUUUCAUUGGAAGAGAGAAUGGUCUGGAUGAUGUGAGAUCACUUAGGAGAGCAGGAAGUUCCUAUUCCAAUCUGACGAGGAUCUGUGAAGAUGAUGAUGAGGAACUCAAAACAGCGAAUGAGCUUCGUACGCACAACACAAAUGAGAUUCUAUCACAUCUCAAUUCAUUUUACUCUGGAGCUUCCUUGGCUGUUCUAAUUGGUGAAAUAGCAAAGAGGGAAGGCCUUCACUUUGAUACUGGGAAUGGAACAUGUUAUGAAAGACUCAACAAACUGUGCAGGUGGGCAGCUGGACAGAAAUUGUGGAGUUUAGUUCGUUAUUCUGCAAGUUUGUGCCACAAAGUUGUAGAUAGUCUGGCUCCUUCUAUUACUUCUGUACUUGUACAUGAUAAGCACAUUACACUUGGUGUGUUUGGACAUGAGGAGAUAGUAGUGAGCAAUCCAUUACCACCAGCCACCAUCAAAGAUAUUCUAUACAGACUAUGUACACCCCAUGAUGAGAGGGAGGCAUGUUUGCAACAAGAGCUUGUCUUGUAUGUUGGCGCUGCAAUAAAUAAACAACCUAAUUUAUUUGAAGGAAUGCUGCAGGUUCGUAUCGGAUGGUUAGCCUACGCUAUGCGUUUGUUGCUUAAACAUCGCGGUAAUGUCGGUUCUUACAAAGAAACCAGUGGUGUUUUAGAGGGAGAAGUAGACAUACAUGAUCUAUCACCCAGCGAUGUGAAGAAACUUUUAUUUGAUGUGUUGGAUGUCGCAAACCAUACAGACUUAUCUUGGCUUCAAAGAAGGCAGAUUACCGGUGCUUUGAACAAGACACCUCCUGAUUUUUAUGCAAAGGUUUGGCUUAUAUUGGAGAGAAGUCCAGAUGGAUUCGUAAUUAACAGUCACCAUUUACCACAACAACCAACACUAAGUGAUAUGGGCAAAAAUGAAGUGGCGUGGUGGAAAAAAGUAGAGGCAAUGUUUGCCGGUUUACAUCGGCCAGAGUUCCGACAGUUGAUCAUGGAAAUGCUGAUGGUUACUGCUAUUGUACUUGAACGAAAUCCGGAGAUAAAAUUUCAGAACACAACGGAUAUUGACGCCGUUGUUGGAGAUGCGAUUAAUGAAUAUAAAAAGGACAAGCAGACCGACGAAAUCAGCGAGUUUUGUAAUUUGCCAUCCGAGAUAUUGGUUCAAUACAUGGUUCGAAGUGUUGUGCAAUCACUUUUGAAGGGAUCUGUCUCUGUAACUGCCAAUGACACGUGCACUGUAUCUUAAGAAUGCCUUUAUUUUUUGACUUGUUUUUGCUUAGCAUGUGGUUUUUUUCAACAAUUUAUUACCACGUUAAAAAUAUAUCCGACACACGUACUGCAA